AUGCGUGAUCUUGAAUCUGUGCUGAGGUCUAAAGAAGCAGACGCCAAUCACUCAAAAAACAAAGAAGACAGUGACCACUUUCAGUUUAGUGAACAGGUGUCCCAAGUCUCCACUGUGCCUGUAACCUUGGACCUCAAUGCUUUUCGAGCAGAAAGGAAGGGAAGGACCACAUUAUCAGUUGAGGUCACUGCUGCUUCUAGGCCACUAGAUCUUAAUAGUGAAGCUUGCAUUGCUAAUAAUUUGGUGAGAAAGGAUAUAGCAGAACAUGCUGAUAAUUGUAAUGAAGUCCCAUUGCUCAAGAAGCAUGAGGACAAGCAUGGCAAUAAAUGUGUAACCUCAGUUGGCAAUGGCUUGGAUCUGAAUGCAGAGGAUGAUAGCUCUGUGAACCAGGAACUGUUCCAUACUAACAAGGAUCAUGAUAAUUCGAGGGGUGUUUCUGAGUGUGGGAGUACUACUGGUCCAGUGCAGGAAAAAGAUCCAUUAAGAAUGUGGAAGGAAAUGAAGCAAAAUGGUUUCCUGUCAUCUUCAUAUGGAGGGAUUUCAAUUCAAAGUGGUUCUAUGUCUUCUUCUCACGGAGGGAUACCAAUGCCAAAGCAACGUGGGAGGAAACCCAAAGAUGACGUUCUCAAGAAAAAGAUGGAACUUGCAAAGAGAGAGCAGGUUGAUAGGUUUACGAAGAUUGCUGCUCCAAGUGGACUGCUAAAUGGCUUGAACCCUGGGAUCAUAAACCAUGUGAGAAACAAAAGGCAGGUCCAUUCCAUAAUAGAGGCCCUGGUGAGGUCUGAAAAACUUGAAAAUGGUUGUCUUGAAAGCAAACAAGCAAUCCAUCUAAAAUCUGGAACUAAAGAAACCAAUAAUAUGAGUGAUUCUGGAAUACACCGACUCAGUUUUUCUCAUGGAGAAGGGAGUUCGACUUCUCUAUUUGGGAGCAGGCAAACAAGAGGGCACCCUAUAUCCAAUGGGCAGGGUGAUUUUAGCAUCGUAGACACUGUAAAUGCUAGAAAUUUUGCUCCACACGCUGCUGUCAGAGAGGAUGAUGCUUUGGCAUUGAAGUUGUCUUCAUCAACUAAUGCCUUGGAGGAUUCUAGAAGUGUUCUGAAUGAGGAAUCAGCAAACAGCACCAGUGUUUCUUGCCUCUCUCUGAGAGCUGCUACUGUUUCUUCUCAAUGGUUGGAACUUCUUCAUCAAGACAUUAGAGGACGAAUAGCAGCAUUGCGCCGAAGUAGGAAGAGAGUCCGAGCUGUCAUUACUACAGAGUUACCUUUUUUAAUAUCGAAAGAGUUCUCGGCUAUCGAAGUGGAUGGUUCUUAUAUUAUGAAAAGUUCUUCAGAAGUUGUGUCCAAUAAUGCAACAGCAGCCAUGCAUCAAGCGAGAUGGAAAGCAUUGUUUGAUCAGUUGGACAAAUCACUUUCUGAAGAGGAGAAACAACUUGAAAGUUGGUUGAGCCAAGUGAAAGAAAUGCAACUGCACUGUGAUCAGGGAUUGCAACAUUUGCACUAUAAUGCAAUUUUAGGUUACCCCAGAACUGAGAAAGCAGAUAGCUCCCAGAAGGAAUUGGCUGUUAGAGCUGCUGCAGCUUCCAUCUAUUCAACAUGCAAUUUCCUGACUUCAAAGGAGAACUGUCCAUCAGAAAAGGAAGCGAUGUAUCUAGCUCAAGUUGCUGAAACGUCACUAUACAUAAGGUGCUCUUUUGACAUCGAUUUUAACCUGUUGAGUGCAGAAAAGGCCGUUUUCCGGAGAAAGCUGGAAGGGGAUUUUUCUUCACUUCAGCGAGAAAAUGAAAGAAAAAUUCGUUGGGCUGCAUGGGAAAAACUUUGCAGGUCUAAGCGCUACGGUAGGAUGGGUUUUAGGAGGCUGGAAUGUUUCAUCAAGCUCUCUUGGCCAAGCAGGAACGGAGACCG